CUGUCCCGUGCACACAUAUAUUUUGAACAUGAACUAAUUACUUGGAAUUAUCUAACGUCCUAUAACAGCAUUCGGCUCAGUUUGCCUCAAACGGAUUGUGACAUCUCACUGAAUAUGUGUCUAGUUUAAAUAGUAAAAUAGAAAUAGAAAAAGACACUAAAAAGAAUUUAAAACCCUGCAAACUUAUCUUCAAUCUGUGUGAACUUAAAAAUGAAGAGAACGUCUUGUAGAAAGCCAAACGCUUAGGAGAUUUUGCUUUAAUCCUGCGUCUGGAUCAUGAGUCUGUGAGAGGAACGCGCUCUUUACUAUCCUCGCGGUGCGCGGGGUGCUACAAGUAUUUGAAGGGAUGAACAAAGGAUAUCAGCACAAAAUCCUACCUGAAAUAUCUUGAAGAAUACCUUACGUCGUGGAUUUACGGGGAAAGGAUGAUAACGUGUUGUUUUUGAGGCAAUACCUGGCUUUUUGCAUUGCGCGCGAUGGGAGGUGAAUGGAAGUUGAUGAGGGCGCGCUAUGGUUCCUUAAAUCCAGUUUUAUGACAUGAAGUUUUUCAUUUUUACCUUUUUUGAUUACAGAGCCAUGGAGAAGCGCAGAAGACUGUUAUUUUUCCUUUUUUACUUGAUGUCAAAGUUUUACCUUAGUGAGCAGCAGGUCAUACGAAUUGGGGGCAUCUUUGAGACGCGGGAGAAUGAACCUGUCAGCAUGGAUGAACUCGCCUUUAAAUUUGCCGUUACAAGUAUCAACCGAAACAGAACCUUGAUGCCAAACACCACGUUGACCUACGAUAUCCAGAGAGUAAACCUCUUUGACAGCUUUGAAGCCUCCCGAAGGGUAUGUGACCAGCUGGCCCUGGGGGUUGCGGCGGUCUUCGGCCCCUCUCACAGCUCCUCGGUCAGUGCCGUCCAAUCCAUUUGCAAUGCCCUAGAGGUGCCGCACAUCCAGACGCGCUGGAAACACCCAUCUGUGGACAAUAAAGACAAUUUUUACAUUAACCUCUACCCCGAGUACACCUCCAUAAGCAGGGCUAUCCUGGACAUUGUCAUUUUCUACAAAUGGAAGUCUGUUACUGUGGUUUAUGAGGACAGCACAGGAUUAAUGCGUAUGCAGGAACUGAUCAAAGCGCCGUCCAAAAACAACCUGAAGAUCCGUAUCCGCCAGCUGCCGUCGGGAGGAGGCGACAGUCGCCCCCUGUUGAAGGAGAUGAAGAAAGAAAAAGAGUUUUACAUCAUCUUCGACUGCUCCUACCAAGUAGCCGCCGAGCUUCUCAAACAGCUGAUGUCGAUGGGUAUGAUGACGGAGUACUAUCAUUUCUUCUUCACUACUUUGGAUAUGUUUGCUUUGGAUCUUGAGCCGUACCGCUAUAGUGGAGUCAACAUGACAGCCUUCCGCCUCCUGAAUCUAGAUGAUCCAUAUGUGGCUUCCGUGAUCCAGAAAUGGUCCAUGGAGCGCCAGCUGGCACCUCCCAAACCUGAAAGUGGACUGAUGAGCGGCAUUAUGACUACCGAGGCUGCGCUCAUGUAUGACGCAGUGUUCAUGGUUGCGGUUGCGUCUCAGCGGGCCACGCAGAUGACAGUGAGCUCCCUGCAGUGCCACAGACACAAGCCCUGGAGGUACGGCCCGCGAUUCAUGAACUUGUUUAAAGAGGCCCAAUGGGAUGGUUUGACAGGACGAAUUGUCCUUAACAAGACUGAUGGUCUGCGAAAGGAGUUCAACUUGGACCUCAUCAGCCUCAAGGAGGACGGCACAGCGAAGAUUGGAGUGUGGAACUCUUACACCGGCCUCAACCUGACCGAGAUAAAAGACAACAAAAACAUCACAGACUCUCUGGCUAACAGAACACUUAUCGUCACCACAAUCCUGGAAAACCCUUAUGUCAUGUAUAAGAAGUCUGACAAGGUGCUAUAUGGGAACGAUCGCUUUGAGGGCUACUGUUUAGACCUGCUAAAAGAGCUCUCCAACAUUCUUGGAUUCACUUAUGAAGUCAGGCUGGUUUCUGAUGGGAAAUACGGUGCUCAGAAUGACAAAGGCGAAUGGAACGGCAUGGUGCGGGAACUAAUCGAUCAUAUAGCUGACCUGGCUGUGGCUCCACUGACCAUCACUUAUGUCAGAGAGAAAGUUAUUGACUUCUCCAAACCCUUUAUGACCCUGGGCAUCAGCAUACUGUACCGCAAACCAAACGGCACCAAUCCAGGUGUCUUCUCCUUCCUCAACCCCCUCACCCCGGAUAUCUGGAUGUACGUGCUGCUGGCCUGUCUCGGAGUGAGCUGUGUGCUCUUUGUGAUUGCCAGGUUUACGCCGUAUGAAUGGUACAACCCUCACCCCUGCAACCCCUCGUCUGAAGUGGUUGAGAACAACUUCACACUGUUGAAUAGUUUAUGGUUUGGUGUUGCGGCUCUAAUGCGUCAAGGAUCUGAGCUGAUGCCCAAAGCUUUGUCCACCAGAAUCGUGGGAGGGAUUUGGUGGUUCUUCACUUUAAUCAUCAUAUCUUCAUACACGGCCAACCUGGCUGCUUUCCUCACAGUGGAGAGAAUGGACUCCCCAAUCGAUUCAGCUGACGAUUUGGCCAAGCAGACCAGAAUUGAAUAUGGAGCAGUGAGAGAUGGCUCCACAAUGACUUUCUUUAAGAAAUCAAAAAUCUCAACAUAUGAGAAGAUGUGGGCAUUCAUGAGCAGCAGGAAGAACACAGCCCUGGUGAAGAACAACAAGGAAGGGAUUACCAGAGUCCUGACCACCGACUAUGCCCUCCUCAUGGAGUCCACCAGCAUAGAGUACAUCACCCAGAGAAACUGCAACCUCACCCAGGUUGGAGGCCUGAUCGACUCUAAGGGCUAUGGAGUUGGCACACCAAUAGGCUCACCCUACCGGGACAAGGUGACCAUCGCCAUCCUGCAGCUCCAGGAAGAGGGAAAGCUGCACAUGAUGAAGGAAAAAUGGUGGCGAGGUAACGGAUGCCCUGAAGAGGACAACAAAGAGGCCAGUGCCCUGGGUGUGGAGAACAUCGGAGGCAUCUUCAUUGUGCUGGCCGCCGGUCUCGUGCUGUCUGUGUUUGUGGCCAUCGGAGAGUUUGUCUACAAGUCGCGCAAAAACAGCGAUAUUGAAGAGUGUGUCUCUUUCAGUGCUGUGAUGGAAGACCUGGGCAUGUCCCUCAGGUGCCACAAGGCGCUGAGGAAGAGAGGCAGACACAGAGGAAGAGCCGGCCUGUCUGGAGUCUUAUGUAACCCCAAACGCAUCCAGAGGAAAGAGACAAUGGCCUAGAUCCACGUCCAACAAGGAGCAGCUCUGCUUUUGACGUACCUGCCGGUGAAAUCAAAUUCUGAGGCUGUUUGUUUUUUCAAUCAAUUAUGUGCUUUUUAUUCAUAAAUUUGCAGGUUUUUAUAUCAGUAUUAUGUGGAUUGUGUUGGUAUUGUGUUAAGUACACAGGUAAUAUCUGAACUGAAAAUGAAAGGGAUAAUUUAUUUUGAGAUAUUUAUUAAAUUACAAGCACAUUGCAUUAUACGGUAGCAUUUUCUUGUGCUGUCCUUAAUGUAAUAAAUAAAAGCGUACAUUUUUUACACACACUUGGGCAUUUUGUUCCAGCCGUUCUUUUAUCAGUGACGCAGGUUCUAUUAAUUGCAACAUUAUAUAACAACGGAAAAUAAUAAAGAUGCUUCUAAUCCGUGACUGUUCCAAAGGGAAUGUAAGGCAUGGCUGUUUCUCCAUUACUUUUUUUCCAUUUUGACCCUAACAAUUCAAGACGUUCUCCCCUGCUACGCACAAAGCACAUGCCUCUAGGGACUGACCGAAAUAUUCUCCCUCAAAUUGAGGCACAAUCAAAUAAAGUUCAAAGGUCAGCCUCUGCUUCAAGAGCUACCUGCUCCAUGACCCAGACAAAUUACUCUCUGAAGAUGAAACGCCUUUUCGCCAAAAAUACAUCAGAUGUGUCUUAAUGCAUAUCAAAAAAGAUAAGACGUUCCAAGAUGAGGACGAUCUUCUUGAUUGGAUUUUUGUACUCCAGAUGAAUUUGAUCAAGUGUCUAUAUAU